AUUUACUCUUUCCUUGUGUUAUCUGUCUUGUUAAAAGUUUUCAUGUUAAAUCAAUGACAUAAUUGUGAUCUCAUGAGUGCAAAUGUACUCCUUGGUAUACAUUUUGUAACACCCAAGUGUAAGUUUAAACAAAAAACUCUGGGUGUCGCUGUUGGCUAACAGAAAAUAUAUCCCCAUCACACCCCCAUGACUGCGUUUAUAACACGCAUCUUUUUCUCUAGAAAUUCACUCAUAGUCUCGACCAUACUCGGUGUGUGUACCAGUGUGGAUUUUUUGAUUACCGUGGAAUAUGUUUUACGUCACAUUUGGAUUUCAGUUGUGUACAUUUGGAGUAUUUUUUGGCACAAUGCGAAACAAAGGGCUUCUAACGCCGGGUCGGAUCUUUUGCUUUGUCUUCUUCGUUUUAACGAGUCAUGUUGUUCAUGGAGACCUCAGUUAUUCCGUCCCGGAAGAAAUGAAACGCGGAUCUUACAUUGGGAAUCUGGCUAAGGAUCUUGGUAUAGAGCUACGAGCCAUGUCUUUACGAAAUGCCCGUGUUGAUUUCGAGGAGAGUCAAAAGCAGUACUGUGACAUUAAUGUGAGCACCGGGGAUUUGAUCACGUCAGAGAGAAUCGACAGGGAAAGCCUGUGCGGCAAGAAACCGUCGUGUGUUUUGAAGGUGGAUCUGGUGUUGGAAAAUCCACUGGAGCUGCACCGCAUUAGUAUUCAUGUUCAAGAUGUGAACGAUAAUGUGCCCACAUUUAGACAAAAUAUGAUUGAGAUGGAAAUCAGAGAGUCAGCAGAUAAAGGUAACCGAUUCGCGAUAGAAGAGGCCCACGACGCAGAUAUAGGCCAAAAUUCAGUUCAAAGGUACAGCUUACAAAAAAAUGAUAAUUUUAUUUUAGCUGUUGAUAAUAACAGGGUUGAACUUGUGUUAGAGAAUACACUUGAUCGAGAGAAACAACAUGAAAUUAAUUUGCUUUUGACAGCUCUGGAUGGAGGCUCUCCUCAGAGA